GGCUUGCAAUCGUCUCGCUAAGCUCCUCGGACUCGAUUUUGCUUCUCUUGCGCCCACUCUUCUCGACCUGUUCACCACACCUCGCAGCCUUCACUUCCGCCUGAAAUACUACGCGGGACCAUGUGGACCAUCGAGGUAUCGGCUGCGGUCCUCUCCAUGCGCCUGCGAUGAACAUUCCUUCCCUCGAGCUCCCUCUGGGCGCUUUCGCCUCAUUGGACUCGCCCAAGACUGCCUCGAGUGCAACGCGUGCUCAUUACUCGCCGCCAUGGGCGAACACUUCCAUCAUCGGUGUGGCCGGUAGCUCAGGCUCUGGCAAGACAUCAUUGUCUAUGGCCAUCAUCAGAGAGCUGAGCUUGCCAUGGGUCGUCGUUAUGUCGAUGGACAGCUACUACAAGCCUCUCACCGAGGAGCAGUCGGCAGCUGCUUUCAGGAACGAGUACGACUUUGACGCUCCCGAGGCUAUUGACUUCGACAAGUUGGUGGAGAACCUGCGAGACAUCAAGGCUGGCAAGAAGACCGACAUCCCCGUCUACUCUUUCGAGAAGCAUGCUCGCGUGGACAAGACAAACACCAUAUAUUCGCCGCAUGUCCUGGUGUUGGAAGGCAUCUUUGCACUUCACGAUCAACGCAUUCUCGACUUGCUUGAUCUCCGCAUCUUCACUGAAGCGGAUGCUGAUUUGUGUCUCUCUCGACGUGUCCUCCGCGAUGUUCGCGAGCGCGGUCGAGAUAUCGAAGGCUGCAUCAAGCAGUGGUUCAGCUUCGUCAAGCCCAACUUCCACAAAUAUGUGGAGCCACAGCGAAACGUCGCAGACCUCAUCGUGCCUCGUGGCAUCGAGAACAAGGUGGCCAUAAGUAUGGUAUCCGAUCGCAUCCACAAGACACUCGAUGAAAAGUCUCGCCAGCAUCAGCUUGACCUGCAACGUCUGGGUCAGGUCUCCGGAGACGCAACUCUGUCUUCCAACGUGGAAAUGCUGGAGCACACCAACCAAGUCCGCGGCAUCAACACCAUUCUUAUGAAUCCUGCUCUCGAGCGUGAGGACUUUAUCUUCUACUUUGAUCGUCUAGCAGUCAUGCUUGUCGAGCAGGCAUUCGCGGCUGGAAUGUGCUACCGGCAGCAGGUAGUCAACACUCCCGUUCCCGGUGAAAUCUACAACGGCCUCACCGUCGAUGGCGCGGUCUCCGCUGUCGUCAUCUUGCGAGGUGGCGCGUGUCUCGAGACUGGUCUGAAGCGCGUGGUUCCCGAUUGUCGUAUCGGCCGCAUGCUGAUCCAGACCAACUUCCGCACAGGCGAGCCGGAGCUGCACUACUUCAAACUCAGUCCGGACGUGGAGACCCAUAAGAGGGUCCUGCUCAUGGAUCCACAGAUGAGCAGUGGCGGCGCCGCUCUUAUGGCUGUCCGUGUCUUGCUCGACCAUGGCGUCAAGGAAAGCCACAUCGUCUUCGUCACUUACAUGGCUGGCAAGGAUGGCUUGAACAGGCUCAUGAACGUGUAUCCGGAGAUCAAAGUGGUGGUUUGCAGGAUCGUUGGCGACACGGAGCCCAGGUGGGUCGAGCAGAGGUACCUUGGCUGCUAAUGUAGUGGUAGCGUGAACCUGCGACCUGCUUUGGGUAUCAGCAAUGACUAUUCUCCAUCGAUCGGAAAGUUUCCAGCGACUCGCAGUCGUCCGUUGUUCUGUAGUUGGAAGAUACUAGCGCACUGUGGCAGCUCAUCGGCGCCAAGCCAUUCCCGCUCCGCUCACUCGUCCCUUGUACAAAUAGCCACUGCUUCCAAAACGACUCCAAAGU